AUGUCAUCAGAAUCCGACAAAGAGAGAGAGACAUUCGUCUACUUGGCUAAGCUCUCCGAACAAGCCGAGCGAUAUGACGAGAUGGUGGAAACGAUGAAGAAAGUGGCGAAGGUGGACAGCGAGCUAACUGUUGAGGAGAGGAAUCUGUUGUCUGUUGGUUACAAGAACGUGAUCGGAGCAAGACGUGCCUCGUGGAGGAUAAUGUCUUCUAUUGAGCAGAAGGAAGAGUCCAAAGGCAACGAAACAAACGUGAAACAUAUCAAGGGAUAUCGCCAAAAGGUAGAAGACGAGCUUGCUGACAUCUGUCGGGAUAUUCUCAGCAUCAUUGAUCAGCAUCUCAUCCCUCAUGCUACCUCAGGAGAAGCCACCGUUUUUUAUUACAAGAUGAAAGGUGAUUAUUACCGUUACUUGGCUGAGUUUAAGACCGAGCAAGAGAGGAAGGAAGCUUCUGAACAGUCGCUCAAAGGCUAUGAGGCUGCAACACAAGCAGCAAGCACUGACCUUCCUUCGACACACCCGAUUCGUCUUGGACUUGCUCUUAACUUCUCUGUCUUCUACUAUGAGAUCAUGAACUCUCCUGAGAGAGCUUGCCAUUUGGCGAAGCAAGCCUUUGACGAGGCGAUUGCUGAGUUGGAUACUCUAAGUGAGGAGUCUUACAAGGACAGCACUUUGAUCAUGCAGCUCCUGAGAGACAACCUUACCCUCUGGACUUCUGAUCUUCCUGAAGAUGGAGGAGAAGACAACGUCAAGACGGAUGAGCCCAAGCAAGAACCAGCUAAGGCAGCAGAGGCCACUGAGAACUGAUCAAAAGGCGUUGGAGUUUAGAUUCGAUGCCCAGAAGGGAGAGGCCAAUUCCUUUGAAUUCGACAGCUUAAUUGGUUUCAUCAGAAAGAUGUGAUAGAGACAAAUGAAUUCAGUCCUAUAUUAUUUUUCUUUUAUUAACUUUUUUAUUUAUUUUGUUGUCAAUAUCAUGAUAUCAAAAUAUUUUAUGAUAUGAAUCUUAUGAUUUGUUCAGAUAUGUUUUGGCUAUUUUUAUACAGAAC